UGUCAAUUUGGCCUAGGUUUCCCACGCGCGCAGAAUUGAUUGUAAUUAUUUUUACAACUUAUAUAAGAGAGAAAAUCUCCCGCAACAUACCUCCUCUUUGACUCUUAUAUUCCCAUUCAUCAUGCCUACUUCUGUUGAACAAGUUAAUGCAACCGCCAGCCGAUACACUGGCUAUGAUCAUAUCAAGUUCACUGUCACCAAUGCCAAGCAAGCUGCAACGUAUUACUGUAUUCGCUUUGGCUUCAAGCAUGUCGCUUACAAAGGUCUGGAAACUGGCUCUCGUGAUAUUGCUGCCCACGUUAUCAAGCAAAACAAUACUAUCUUUGUUUUUGAGUCUCCCAUUCAACCCGACGCAAGACCCGAUAUCACCGCAGACAUCGCUCGCCGUGGAGACGGUGUCAAGGAUGUCGCCUUCACUGUGACUGACGUUCGUACUGUCUACGAAAAGGCGGUUGCUCGUGGUGCCAAGUCGAUAUCUCCACCUCAUGAGGAAACUGAUAAGGAUGGUACUGUUGUGUUGGCCACCAUUGCCACCUAUGGUGAUGUCAAUCACACAUUUGUGCAGCGCAGCGAUUACAAAGGUAUCUUUUUGCCAGGCUAUGAAGACUCCAAACUUUCUCUGCGUCAUCAAGAUCCAUUAGAAGACCUCCUACCUACCGUUGGCAUUCAGUUCGUCGAUCAUAUCGUCGGUAACCAGCCUGACCUCAAGAUGAAUGAAGCUUGCGAAUUUUAUGAAAACUGCUUAGAAUUCCACCGCUUCUGGUCUGUGGAUGAUUCCCAAAUCCAUACCGAAUACUCCUCUUUGCGUAGUAUCGUGAUGAGUGAUCCAAGUGAUAAAGUCAAAAUGCCCAUCAAUGAGCCAGCCAAGGGCCGAAAGAAGUCUCAAAUUCAAGAAUUCGUUGAUUUUUACGGUGGUGCUGGUGUGCAGCAUAUUGCAUUGAACACUUCUGAUAUCAUUACCGCCAUUACCAACUUGCGUGCAAGAGGUUGUGAUUUCUUGGCCAUCCCUAAUAGCUACUAUGAUAGUCUCCGUACUCGUCUCUCUGAACGUGAUAAGACUGCCAAGAUACCAGUAACAGAGGACCUCGAUGUGUUGCAGAAGUUGAAUAUCCUCGUUGACUACGAUGAAAAUGGCUAUUUGUUGCAGAUCUUUUCUCGUCCUGUUGAGGACAGACCCACUUUGUUCCUUGAAGUCAUUCAGCGCAAGAACCAUCAAGGUUUUGGUGCUGGCAACUUUAAGAGCUUGUUCGAGUGCCUUGAAAAAGAACAAGACCUUCGCGGUAAUUUGACUGAUGAGCCUGUUUCCGCUAUGUAAAAAAAAAACCGACCGAAACGAAGAAGUUAAUAGCAUUUUGUAAUGAAAAUGUACAAAUAAUAAAUAAAGUAUAUCAUGCAUUUUUCAUCCUCUAUAAUCAA